CAGCAAAUCCACCUAAUUAAAGUUUGUACUGGAUUUGGACUGCCUGCUCACCGGCUGCUAGCCGGGCUGCUAACUCUUGCAGUCUCAUUUUACCCACAUUAAAUAAGACUUUUGCAUGGUGACUUUUGCACCGUCUGUGUGUGUGUGUGUGUGUGUGUGUUUUCUUCCUGCAGUUAUUCACAAAGAGAGACGGAUGCUUUGUGGUUUCGUUCACGUCAUCCCCUCACUUCCUCUCCGUCUCUUUGCCUUCAUCUCCUUCCCUCAGUGAAGACGCUGUAGUCACCUAUUGAAUCAAGGUUUCUCAACCUGUUGCAUCAUAUCGACCCUGCAGAUACGACCGAUCGCAGAAGAAUCGUCGCCGACCUGAAAGAGAGAUCGAAGACGAGGAGGAGGAGGAGGAGGGAGGAAGAGAAGAGAGGACGUAGAGACAGUCGAUCAUGAUUCACUCAAAUCACUCCUCCCACUCGGUCUUCUGCUGCUGCUGUGCCGUACAGACCAGGGAGUUCAGCACCCGCAUGGAGCUGGAGGGAAGCACCUCCCUGUGUUUCCAGAGCCGACGAUACCCAGGACACGCCUGUCGGGUCGACAGGUCGAGGAGGAAGCUCCCCCUACCACCUCCCAACAACCAGGACCCUGAAGGCGACGGGUUGACAACCGUCGUCGCCAUGUAUGACUUCACCGCCAAGGAGGACACUGACCUCACACUCAAACAGGGAGAAGAGUACAUCAUCCUCCACAGGCAGGACCAGCUGUGGUGGAGGGCGCAGGACAAACACGGGAAUAAAGGCUUCAUCCCCAGCAACUACGUGACAGAGAAAAACAGGAUUGAAGCAAACUCGUGGUACUGCAAGAACAUCACCAGGACAGAAGCAGAGCAGCUGCUGAGACAGGAGGACAAAGAAGGCGGCUUCGUGGUGCGAGAGUCCAGUCAGAAGGGAGUCUACACCGUCUCCGUCUACACCAAAAUGUUAAGUUCUAACGGGGACAUUCGGCACUACCAGAUCAAGAUCAGCGACACGGGGCAGUUCUUCCUGGCCGAGAAACACACCUUCGGGUCCAUACCUGAUGUCAUACACUACCACGAACACAACGCAGCAGGUCUGGUGACCAGGUUGCGGUACGCAGUGGGGCCAAUGGGAAGGUGUGUUCCUGCCACGUCGGGAUUCAGCUCAGAGAAGUGGGAGAUCAACCCCAGCGAGCUGACCUUCAUGAAGGAGCUGGGCAGCGGGCAGUUCGGCCUGGUGAAGCUCGGCAAGUGGCGGGCUGAGCAGAAAGUGGCCAUCAAGGUCAUCAGAGAGGGAGCCAUGUACGAGGAGGACUUCAUCGAGGAGGCCAAGGUCAUGAUGAGGCUGUGCCACCCUAAGCUGGUGCAGCUGUACGGCGUCUGCUUGCAGCAGCGCCCCCUGCUGAUCGUGGCCGAGUUCAUGGAGAACGGCUGCCUGCUGAACUUCCUCCGGCAGAAGGGCGGGUCCCUGAAGGAGGCGUGGCUUCUGUCCAUGUGCCAGGAUGUCUGUGAGGGGAUGGAGUACCUGGAGUCUCACUGUUUCAUCCACAGAGACCUGGCUGCCAGGAACUGUCUGGUUAAUGAGUACAACGUGGUGAAGGUCAGCGACUUCGGAAUGACCAGGUACGUUCUGGACAACCAGUACACCAGUUCUAGUGGGGCAAAGUUCCCCGUGAAGUGGUCUCCUCCUGAAGUUCUCCACUACAGCAAAUACAGCAGCAAGUCCGACGUCUGGUCCUUUGGUGUGGUGAUGUGGGAGAUCUACUCGGAGGGUCGGACUCCGUUUGAAAACUGCACCAACUUGGAUGUGGUUAAUGACAUCACCAGAGGAGUCCGGCUGUACCGACCGCACCGCGCCUCGCAGGCGCUCUACGCCAUCAUGUACCGCUGCUGGCACGAGAGGCCUCAGGGUCGGCCGUGUUUCUCAGAGCUGCUGGAGGACAUCAGAAAACUGGCAGAAAGUCCGGAUUAACACACACACACACACACACAUCUCAUGUUGUUGAUUUUCAAAAUGUUUUUCGCUGUCGUCAUGAUUGUACACAGACUGUAUGUUUACACUGUAAAUAAAUAUUUUUUCAUUAAAACCUU